AUGACCUCAUUUUAGUGCGCCUCAAUCGACAUUUUGGUUACAAGGUGAGACCACAUAGACAGAACUAUGAGUAAACUGGUGGGCAAGUGGAAAUUCGAAUCCAGUGAGGGAUGGGAAGAAUACAUGAAGGGUUUGGAUGUUGGAUUUGCUCUAAGAAAAAUAGGCGGAAUGACAAAACCACAGGAGGAAAUUUCCAUUGACGGCGACUUCUGGCAGCUUGACAUUUUGUCUACUUUUAAAAAUAUCCACCUCAAGUUUAAGCUGGGUGUGGCGUUUGAAGAACACACGGUAGAUGGCAGGACUGUGCAGUCUACGUUCACAGUAGAAGAUGAUAAACUUGUGCACGUCCAAAGAGGAAAACCAGCAGAUUCGAUAAUUACCAGAGAACUAGAAAACGACGGUACUUUAAAAGUGACAUUCAAAGUGGUAGGGAAGGAAGAGGCAACAUGCAUUAGGAAAUUCAAAAGAAUAGAAUCAUAGUGAAAGACCGACAUGUAUUAUCAGCUAUUCGCCAUUUUACAGACCAUGGUACUACCCCAAUAAAAUAUGUUAUCUUGCAGUAGAAUGUUUGCUGUUGCGUCUAAUAAUUGAAGUACGAAUUUCAUUCUGAGUUGCAAAGCAAAAUCUUGUUAAUAUGACGGAUCUUGCUACAUGCAUAAUUUGACAUAAUUCACAAAGCUUUUCUUAUAUAUUGUGCCAGUGACAGCGAUAAUGUGAUUUUUAACUGCCACAGCCCCAGUAUUUUGUACGGCGUGAACACACUUUGAAAUAAAGCAUGUGUUCAGAU